UUUUUAUUUAUUUAUUCUUUGCUUGCAUCAUGGAUAAUAAGCUUUUAUCUCGACUUGACUUAUUAGCAGACAACACACUUCCUAUUGUAUUUGAAAGAAACCGACUAAAAGAACUCAAGUUAAAUGUCGACAAAUAUGAAGCCAAUGUUAACAAAAACUUGACUCAGUUACGAGAAGGCAUUCAGGUACUUGAACAACAACUUUCCGAACAAGAACAAACAGGUGCCAAGUAAGGAUGAACUAGAUGGAAACUGUCUAUUGACCUAAUGUAGAAACACAAAGUCAGAUGAAGACAAAUUGAUUCAGUUACAAGUCAAAGUAGACAAACUGGACGCUUUGUUUGGGCUAAAAGAAGCAUCGGAUGCUCGCAAGAUCUUGUUGGGCGAUAAGAGAGGUAAAAAUACCAGUGUCAAAUUUACUUCAAUCGAUAUGGACGAUGUGGAAAAUGGACAAAUUCUUCAAUUACAACAACGUAUUAUCGAUGACCAAGAUCAAGACUUGGAUCACUUGUCAGAAACUAUACGUCGUCAACGAGAACUAGGGUUGUUGAUUGGUGAUGAGUUGGAGACACAUGCACAACUGAUUGAUGAGACAGAAGACAUGGUGGAUCGUACUGAUGAGAGAUUAAGGCAAGCCAGAAAGAAACUAGAUUAUGUCAAUAGGAAAAUUAAGGACAAUAAAUCUGUUUGUAUUGUGAUUGCAUUGAUCAUUGUAUUCUUUAUUCUGGUUGGUCUGUUUCGAUAGAUAGAUUGUCAAGUGGGCUAUAUAAGAAUAAAGCAUCCAUGUCCUUGUACAAGCAAAAGAAAACCGAUAUGCUUUGUAUAGAUUGACAAUCAUGCUAAUACAGCAGGACUUUUAAAACUUUUUGAAGUGUCCGAAAAUUGAUUAUAAAUCCAU